UAUAAAUUGUGAAGUCGUUUUGUAAAAAAUUGAAUAAUUCUUUAUAGACCUUGAGAAUCCUUUUUAAUCUUUUAGAAUAUUGUGAUGUUUCGAAAUUCAAAAAAAUUAAAGGUUAAAUCAACAAACAACUCCACCUCAGGCAACAUGUUCAGAGUGAAAAAACGUGUUGUGAAACGUUGGAUACGGCGGAUAAUUCUAUUUACCAUAACUAUUGCUACCUUAUCCUAUAUAGUCUCACUUGUUGUUGAGCACCGUAUGAAAAAAGUUAACGAUAGUACAGAAGCACCGACUGAUUUUAAUGGCGAUCCGGUGACACCAGAGUUUAAGCUAGCGCAUAAAGCACUAACGCCACGUAAGCCACGUCCUCCUAUACAGCUAAGAGUAGAGGAGAACCCUUUUUUGAAGAAUGAAGAACUUGAUUUGCAAAUAAAUAAGGAACCUGUGUUAGUAGAAGUUAAGGAAAAUGAAGAUCUUGAUUUGCCAAUAGAAGAACCGCCGGUUGCUGGACCGAAGCGAAAACAUUUCCAAGUACCUGAAGCAUAUGGACCCAAAAAAGAUUGGAAUGAUUAUGUUAGCAUGGAAGAGGAUAGAAAACGCGUUGGUAUAGGUGAACAUGGUGUAGCAGCUCACAUAACUGAUGAAUCCUUGAAAGAACUUGAGCAAAAAAUGUCACUACAAAAUGGUUUUAAUGCACUUCUGUCCGAUUCGAUAUCAGUAAAUCGUUCGAUAGUGGACGCACGACUUGAAGCUUGUCACAGCAAAAUGUAUCUGGCAAAAUUACCUACCACAAGUGUCGUAAUUCCCUUCUACGAAGAGUACUUGAGCGUACUCCAACGUACUAUGCACAGCAUCGUGAAUCGCACACCGCGAGAAUUACUUAAAGAAAUCAUACUUGUCGAUGACUGUAGUACUCGUGAAUAUUUAAAAACUCAACUGGAAGAAUACGUAGAAGAGCAUUUUCCUAAACUAGUACAUAUAGUACGUCUACAAAAUCGUACUGGUUUAAUUGGCGCCAGAGUAGCUGGUGCACGUGUAGCAACUGGAGAUGUUUUAGUUUUUUUUGAUUCACACAUUGAAUGCAAUUAUAAUUGGUUGCCACCACUUAUCGAACCCAUAGCCAUAAACCCGAAAAUCUCAACUUGCCCCAUUGUUGAUGUCAUUGAACAUGAAACAUUUGCAUAUUAUGGCGCACAUCAGCAGGGAUCACGUGGUGCUUUUGACUGGAAUUUAUUAUAUAAACAAUUGCCACUAUUACCAGAAGAUAUGGUCGAUCAAACAAAUCCCUCUGCAAAUCCAGUAAUGAUGGGUGGUUUAUUUGCAAUUGGACGUGACUUUUUUUGGGAAUUAGGUGGUUAUGAUGAAGGACUUGAUAUUUGGGGCGCCGAACAAUACGAGAUUAGCUUUAAAAUAUGGAUGUGUGGUGGUAUGUUGUUCGAUGUACCAUGUUCACGUGUAGCGCACGUAUUUCGUGGACCUAUGGAUUCAAGACCAAGCCCAAGAAACUACGAUUUCGUUAAUAGGAAUCAUAUGCGCUUAGCUGAAGUAUGGAUGGAUGAUUAUAAGAAAUACAUUUAUGAUCGCAAACCAGAAAUUUAUUACAAUCUCGAUCCGGGUGAUUUGACUGCACAAAAAGCUAUAAGACAGAAAUUAAAUUGCAAAUCGUUUCAAUGGUACUUGGACGUUGUUGCACACGAUCUAAUUGAAAACUUUCCACCCGUGGAACCACCUCUUUAUGCUUCUGGUGUCAUACAAAGUUUAGCAUUUCCACAAUUUUGUGUAGAUACAAUGAAUCGCCCUAGGCCUGGUUCUGUUGGACUCUAUUAUUGCGCUGACAAUAAAACACAUCCACAAUUAAAUCAAUUUUGGAUGCUAACAUGGUACCGUGACAUACGCCUCAAAGAAGGCUCUAAUUGUUUAGACGUACAAGCUUCUCACCCCAACUCCAGCAUAUUGAUGUGGCCGUGUCAUAGUCAAGGUGGUAAUCAAUUUUGGUACUAUGAUCGUGAACAUAAGUGGGUAGUACAUGGUAUUCAUGGUAAAUUUUGCAUGGAAGCGUUUGUGAACGAACAGGGAGAACCGGAAGUAUACGCAAAUGCCUGUGACGCCUCGAACGAAAAUAUGAGGUGGCAGUUUGGUUUCGUUAAUAAUACACAACUAGAUCAAUUUCGCGAAGGUUUGAAUUACUCUUAAAAGUCCUAAAAUUAUCUUUUGUAUAUUAUAAAUUUAUUUUGUGAAUGUAAUGAAAAAAUUCUUGUAUAUUUGUGCGAAUAAAUUUUUGUGUAUAUAUUUUCUAA